AAAAAAAAUUCGGUUCUGUUGCACAUUCGUUAUAGAGUAAUUCGUUUCAAUCUGUUUUCGGAUGCAUCCGUACAUUUUCGGAUCAAUCCGAAAUAUAUUUCGGAUGCAUUCGUUAUAUCACACCCGUCCAUUAUUUCGUACACAUUCGUUACAUUUGGCGCAUUCGUUACUUCGGACAUAUUCGUUAUUUCGGUCGCAUUCGUUAUUUCGGCCGCAUUCGUUUUACUUUCGAAUUCGGCAAAUUACAUUAUUCGUUUUAUGUUGCUGUAUUCCUAACGAUUAACGAAAACAGCCGAAGUAAAGUUAGGCCAGGUCAGUCAGGGGCUCAGAGUUUUCACCCAGUGGCCCAGAUUUAUCAAACUGUGUGAGAGAAAGAGUGGAGUGGUCUGGUCUCCCAUAGCAACCAAUCACAGUUCAGCUUUCACUUUACCAGAGUUCAUUAUCUGACAUGUGAUUGGCUGUUGUGGUCACUCCCCUUUUUCUCUCACACAGAUUGAUAAAUCUUGCCAGCGUGUACUGAGAGUGAGAAAUUGAUUGUAUUGUGCGUAAAUUGUGUGAAAAAAACAAUGUCUGGAAUGAGAGAAAUUGUGUCUGUGGUGUCUGGGAGAGAGGAUGGUGACGGUGAGCGUGCUGUUGUGGAUGUGAGUGAUAGAGCAUGUGUGAGUGAGCGUGCUGUUGUGGAUGUGAGUGAUAGAGCAUGUGUGAGUGAGCGUGCUGUUGUGGAUGUGAGUGAUAGAGCAUGUGUGAGUGAGCGUGCUGUUGUGGAUGUGAGUGAUAGAGCAUGUGUGAGUGAGCGUGCGGAUGAUGUGUCUGAGUGUAGUGGUGGCGUGGAGAGGAGAGGAGAGAAGAGGAGGAGUAAAGUCCGAGCAUGUCCAAUCGCAAGACAAAGUGGUUGGGCAAUAUCGGACUCUGGCAGUGGCAGCCACACAUCUGAGUCUGAGAGUCUGCACUCAGUGGGAGUCCCACCAGCCAAAAAACAAAGAGGGCCGAAAUUCACGGAGGCAGAGAACGUAGCACUGGUGGCUGCUGUUAGCACAGAAAAAUCCGUGUUAUUCAACACGACAGUGGGCACCCAGGAGAAGAUGGCCGCCUGGAGCCGGGUGAGGGAGAAAGUGUCCCAAGUUGCAAGUGGCACAGCGGACAGGACAGUUCUCAGCAUCAGGCAUCGGUACUAUGACUGCAGGGCAUCAGUCCUCAAAAAAAUAAAAAAGCAGCAGCAGAGGAGGAACAUCAACUUCAAGAACUGGGAGCUGGAGUUGAAGAAGCACCUCCUGCCAGAGGCUCAGACAUCCGAGGCAGAGAGAUCUGAUCAACAAGGCCAGGCUUCAUUAAGGAGUCACCAUGACAGUUCCCCACCAUCACCUGUCCUGUCACAUUUGGAGAGCCGGAGUGAGGUUGAGGCAGAUGAUAAUGUGCCAGUACCUGAGGAGGACAUGGGCCAACCCCUGAGCUCAGCUGCCUGUUCACCAGCUAUCCACAGUCCACCCAGUCCACUAUCUCCAACCCCAGCACCCGCAUCUGUCCCAAUGGACACGUACCUUAGGGUACUCCAAGAAAGGGACAGGUUGUCCAGGGAGACGAGGCACCUUGCACGGGAGAUGCGACGCUUGAAUAGGACCAUGCACCAACUUCACCGACGGCAGGCUGACGACAUCCAAGUGAUGUUGGCCCGGGUCAGCCAGCAGCACCUUCAGGCCACAGCACAGCUAAGGGUGGACCUCCUGACGGCAAUAUCAAGAAUCAGCCAAUCACCUCCAUUGGCUGACACCAGCAGCAGCAACAAUGGGGCACCUUCACAAACCUAA